AUGUGUGAGGUACAUUUUCCAUGGAAUCCGAAGGGAGAUUCUGAAAUUGCAGAGGCUUGGUUCGAUCAAGCCGCUGAGUAUUGGAAACAGGCUAUAGCGCUUACUCUCGGUAGUAGGGUUUGGAUGCUUUGUUUGGAGAUUGUUGUUGAGUUGUGUUCCGAAUUAGUGGGCUUGGAUGGGGUGGAAAAGUUGUGGUUUUGGGAGGUUUUGGAUGAGGUGGUGAGAGGAGUGCCUAGUUCUGAGAAGAUUGUUGUAGCGGGGGACUUCAAUAGGCACAUUGGGUUAUUUCUGGGAGGCUUUGAUAAUGUGUAUGGUAGUUUUAGUUUCAGAGAGAGGAAUGAUAAGGGAGCUGCUCAUUUGGAUUUUGUGAGGAAAGAGGAUAAGGUGUUGUGUAAGGACUGUAAAGUCAUUUCGAAUGAGAAUCUUUCAACUCAACAUAGGCUUUUAGUAAUGGACUUGGGUAUAAAGCGAGAUAAGAAGAGAAGGCAUGAGGAGGGUAGACCUAGAAUUAAGUAG